AUGCCUGGCUCUUUGACAACAGACCCAAAAGGUGGAAUCAGCUCUCAAGCCAGUGAUGUUGAGAAGCAACUCGCCCACGAGGUGCCUGUUGUGCAAGUGGUAGCCCCAAAAACAUUGGGGGCUGGAACAGCGCUUCCUAUUGGAGUUUUUGCAACGACUUUGACCACAUUAUCUCUCAGUCUAAUGGAAUGGCGAGGAGUCACUACAAACAACGUCUUUGUCGCCAACUUUUUCUUUGCAGCGGCUUUUGGUCUUGUGAUUACUGCGCAGUGGGAGCUCUCAAUAGGAAACGGCUUUUCCUACACAGUCUUUAGUGCUUUUGGUCUGUUCUAUGCUGGCUAUGGUGCAAUUUUGACCCCAGCUUUUGGGAUUGUGGCAGCAUACGGAGACAAUGUGACAGAACUUAACAAUGCUCUGGGUUUUUUCAUGAUUAUAUGGACGGUCUUCUGUCUGGUGUUCCUUAUAGCUUCGUUGCCGACACAUCUGGUAAAUAUCAUAAUCUUCUUUACGGUCGAGCUAGGAUUUCUGUUAAUUUCAGCAUCCUAUUUUGCCGUGGCAGACGGAAAUCAUGCCGCGUCGAUUGCUCUCAAGAAGGGUGGUGGUGCUUUCUGCUUUUUGGCUGGAUUAACAGGGUGGUACUUGACAUUUGCUUUGCUGCUGAAGGACUCUAUCAUCGAGCUACCACUUUACGACACUUCAAGGUUUUUUGCGAAACUUAGGAAGAUGGAAUAG